CACAUAAACGUACUCUCUCCAACCUCGAACGCACACGCACACUCUCUAACCUCAAACACAGACAUAAACAUGGCCAAAGCAAAAUCAUCUCUCUCCAUCCUCUUCCUCUUCCACGUCCUCUUCUUCACGGCCCACCUCGAACCGUCGAACUCACAGCCCUCGACGGCUACCAACGCGGACUUCAUCAAGUCCUCCUGCGGGGCCACCCGCUACCCGACGCUCUGCGUCCAGUGCCUCUCUGGCUACGCCGCCACCGUCCAGCAGGACUUCCGCCUGCUCGCCCGGGCCGCGCUCCAGGUCAGCCUCGACCGGGCCAACGCCGCUUGCUCCUACGUGGGCCGGCUGUCCCAGUACCACGGCAUCAAGCCCCGGGAGUCCCAGGCUGUGCAGGACUGCGUGCAGAUCGUCGGCCACAGCGUGAGCCAGUUGAGCCAGUCGAUCGACGAGCUCGGCCAGAUGGGAGGCCAGGGGACCGCGGGGACUGCAUUCGAUUGGCACAUGAGCAACUUGCAGACAUGGGUGAGCGGGGCCCUUACCGACGAGAGCACGUGCCUCGACGGGUUCGCGAGGUCAGACAUGGAUGGGAGCGUGAAGAACUCGGUGCGGGGGCAGGUGGUGGAGCUGACGCAGGUGGUGAGCAACGCGCUGGGCCUCGUGAACAGUUACGGGUCGAAGCACCGCAGGGCCAAAGGACAGCCUUAGAUCAGGGCAUCACGGUGGGAAGAUGAUAGUUCUGGGACUGGUGUAAAUGGUGAUGAGAAAGAUAAGUGUUUAGACAUACAACGUAUGUAGGAACGAGAGUUCUGCUGUUGCUGUCACGUGUUCAUGUCGUGUGAAUGUAAGAAGUUUCGUGGAAUAUGUGAAUUGCAAGAAAAGUGAUGUUUGCUCUCC